AUGGUGUGUCCCAGCUGCGCGACGUGGCAGGUCUUCGUCGUUGUCGUCGCCGUCGGCCUCGUCGGCCUCGUGUGCAACUACUUGGCCGUCUCCCAGAGCCUCGAGCCCAGCGCGCCGCCAAGUACGCUACCGCCACGCUACACAGUGCCGGCGGCGGCGGCGGCGCCUCGCCCGCCCCGCGUCCGCAACGCGAGCAUCGCCUUUGACACGGUCUUCAACGUCGCGACAGCGUAUACGCCCAAGUUCCCGUGGGCCGACCGCGGCAUCGUGCUCUGCCUCCACGACCACGUCGUGCCCAUGGGCGCGUCGCUGCUCCAGGAGCUCCGCGCGCUCGGCAACUAUGACCCGGUGCAGGUCUACCAUUGCCUUCCCAACGAGCUCGCGACCGUCUCGCGCGACCUCUUGGCCUCCGACCCGCUCGUCGAGAUCAUCGACGUGUGCUCGCUGCUUCUGACAACGCCGCUCUUCCCGUCCUCGGCGUCCAUCCGCGAGUUCCAGGGCUUUUGGCUCAAGCCACUCGCGCUGCUCUUCUCGUCGUUCGACCAAGUGAUGCUACUGGACGCCGACGACAUUUUUCUUGAAAAUCCAUCGACGCUGUGGGCAUCACCGAGCUACACCGAGACGGGCACGCUCUUCUUCUACGACCGCGUCGUCAACGCGAGCAUGUUUCUCAACACCGCCGUGACCAUGUACGCAGCAGACGGCACCGAGACCAACGUGACGUACAUCAAGCAGCUCUUGGCGCAGGUGUUUCCGCUCAAAGUGCUCGGCUUUCCGUCCCCGCACGUGCCGUCCCCGCAGCUACAAGCGUCGAUGGUGUGGCGCGGCCACACGGCGCACGAGCAAGACUCGUCCGUUGUGCUCAUCGACAAGGUUCGCGCUGGCCCCAACGUUCUCCGCGCGCUCUUUGUUCUUAUUGCAACCACCCGCUUCAUGAACCCUGUCUUUUCCUGGGGCGACAAGGAGGCGUUCUGGCUCGCCUACGAGCUGGUGGGACAGCCGUAUGCCUUCUCGCCGUGGGCGUGCAGCGUCGUCAACCGCGCCGACGACUUGAUGCUGCACAAUAAAACUCUGUGCGGCAGCCUCGCGCACUACGCCCCUAAUGCCUCGAACGCGUCGCUGCUCUACAUCAACGGCCGGGAAAUCAUCGAUCCGUACGAGAGCCGCCUCGACCACCGCGUGCUGUGGGGCGACUGCUACCACCGACUAAUCGAAGCUCUGCCGACGCACGUGGCCCCGCGCUCUCGCCGCCACCCCGCGCAGGGGGAGCGCGGCGACUUGGACCAAACCUGCCUCAUCGGUGACGGCGCCGUAAUGUUUGCUACCAACGCGACGCAGCACCGCCUCGCCCAGCGCGUCCAAUGGUCGAUCGAGGUGGCGCGCACGAUCCAAUCAGCGUUUGCGGACGAAGAUUUCCCCUUUGGAAUCUUUCUUCUUGCCGCCGGCUUUGUGAUCGGGUCCCCGAUUGCCUGCGUUGUGCUUUCUAUGCACGACGCCUGA